AUGACUGCAGGAGGCAGCACAUACAAAUCUUCAAGAGACUCCAGUCAUGCAGCCAGCAGUGCCCCUCGCUUCUGGAAACCAGGAACACCAGCACCAGGUCUGGCCAACAUAUCGGAGGAGAGACCAGCAGCAGGGGACAGCACUAGUGUGGUGUAUAACCCUUACAGAAAUCUGUCUAUUGAACAGCAAAGACAGAAGUUGCCAGUGUUUCAGUACCGUAAUCACAUACUCUACAUGGCAGAGAAAUAUCAAACCGUUGUUGUUAUUGGUGAGACAGGCUGUGGCAAGAGUACACAGAUUCCACAGUAUCUUCUAGAAGCUGGCUGGGCCACAGAAGGUUAUGUCAUUGGAGUGACCCAGCCCAGACGAGUUGCUUGUGUGACAGUGGCAACUCGAGUUGCGGAAGAAAGAGGAGCAAUUCUUGGAGAUGAAGUUGGCUAUUUGAUUCGCUUUGAUGACUGCUGUAAUGACGUUAAAACAAAAGUCAAGUUCAUGACAGAUGGGAUGCUGAUCAGAGAAAUAAUGCAGGAUCCCUUGCUAAGAAAAUAUAGUGUCCUACUGAUAGAUGAAGCACACGAGAGAGCACUGAACACCGACAUCAUUUUGGGGUUGCUGAGAAAGAUCCAAAAGAAGAGAAAAGACCUCACUUUAAUUAUUGCGUCUGCAACUUUGAAUGCCGAGGAAAUGAGAGAUUUCUUCAAUACAAAUGAGACAGAUGACCCAGAGAAAGAUACGGCAGCUAUACUGACAAUAGAGGGCAGAGAGUAUCCGGUGGACAUUCACUAUACACUUGAUCCAGUUCCUAAUUAUAUCCGAGCAUCCGUGGACACAGUGAUGAAGAUCCACUUCAAUGAGAGACCAGGAGAUGUCAUCGUGUUUCUUACUGGCAUGAAUGAGGUGGACGAUGUUGUCUCACAGCUGAUAUCUGAAGCUCGCAAACUCAGCAAGGAUGCCAUGAAAAUGAAAGUUCUACCAAUGCAUGGGAGUUUGCCAUCUUCUGAGCAGAUGAAAGUUUUUGAAAGGACUCCCAGCAAUACCAGGAAGAUCGUCGUGGCAACCAACAUUGCAGAAGCCUCCAUUACAAUACCAGCAAUUACUUACAUCGUGGAUACAGGGUUUGUCAAGCUGAAAGCUUACAACCCCAAGUCAGGAAUCGAGUCAUUAGUUGUUGUUCCCGUAUCCCAGGCUUCAGCAGAUCAGAGGGCAGGACGUGCAGGGAGGGUCAGGGCAGGAAAAGCCUACAGAUUAUACACAGAGGAGUCCUACAGGAAGUUGCCCCCUGCCACAGUCCCCGAGAUGCAGCGGAGUGACCUGGCACCUGUCAUUUUACAGCUCAAAGCGCUGGGGAUUUCUAAUGUACUGAGGUUCCAUUUCAUGUCA